AUGACCGUCAGCGUUCGAGUCGCUCCAUACGGUCUUUUCUCAUAUUAUGUACCGCCGCCAUAUGUGCCAGUGGGAGAUGGCAGGCCAGGAUUCGUUUCAGCUGCUCUGCAGGACAUUUCACCCGUCUGGGGCGGUAGUAUUUGCCUGGUGGUCAUGACUGGGAUUCAAACCAGAGUCCUUCCUGAUAAUCCUAAUUUGGAAGUCGCUGAUGACUUGCCCAGCAAAAUCAUUUCAUCCUGGGACCCUCUCAUGUUGGUGGCUUCUGGUGCUCUGAGAGUUUCAUCAUUUGCUGCUUGCAGCCUCUACAACUUUGUAGCCAUCACAAGCUAUACAUUUGACACUUUUUCGAUCGAAAUCUGUCCCCCGACUGAAAAGGUGAUCAAACCAACUCACUAUUUCCCCCUGUUGAGGGUAUUUUUCAGGUCUACAGGAGGUGGGGGCUGGUUUGAGUUACUGUAUAAAGAGGUCCUUGCGCUAUUGCGAGAGAUGCUCUACCUCAGCGAGAUGGUUUCAGAACUUUGUUUGACAAAUUUAUUGGAUGUUGCACCAAAGGAAAGUCAGCGCAGCGCCUCAGGCCUUAGGACUGGCACCACCAUGUUAUCUUAUGCUGUAAAGAAAGCGGAAAACUGGAGAGCAGAAGCCGAGAACAAUGACAAUACUGUGGUAUCUUUCGCCUACCUGCUUUCUGGAUUCCACUGA